AUGGCAGAGUCAAGACGACCAUCAUUACCAUUCUUUAGAAACUCUGAUCAACAUAUAUCAAAUAGUCCAACUAUAGGUAAUAUCAAUGCCCAUGUUGAUGAAGAACCAACUUUUAUUGAAUCUGGUAUAGUGGAAGAAUCAAAAGAUGAAUUAUAUUCAGUUAGAUUAACACCAUUAAUUGAUCAUAGCUCAAAUUCAAAUUUAUAUUUCGCUCCAAUUAUAAGAAAAGUUAAACAUGGUGAACCUUUAUUAAUCUGUAGGUAUACUGAAAAAAUGAAAGCAAGUUCAUCAAAAGGUUCUUCAGCUCCAAUAGUUUUUAAAUCAAAAGUUGUUUCAAGAACGCAUGCUCAAUUAGAAUGUAAUGAAAAUGGUCAAUGGUUUAUUCAAGAUAAAAAAAGUUCAAGUGGUACUUUUUUGAAUCAUAUUCGUUUAUCAUCAGCAAAUGUUGAAUCAGUUUUAACUCCUGUAUGUGAUGGUGAUAUAAUACAAUUAGGUAUGGAUUAUAGAGGUGGUACUGAAGAAGUAUAUAGAUGUGUUAAAAUGAGAUGUGAAUUUAAUAGAAGUUGGCAAAGAAAAGUUUCACAAUUUAAUCUAGAAAUUCAUCAAAAAUUAAAAGAUUUAAAAUUAGAUGAUACAAAUAAUGGUGAAUGUGCUAUAUGUUUAAUGAAAAUAGAACCUUGUCAAGCUUGGUUUGUGAGUCCAUGUUCUCAUUCGUGGCAUUACAAAUGUAUAAGGCCAAUUAUUGUUAAAAGUUAUCCACAAUUUUAUUGCCCAAAUUGUAGGACAAUGUGUGACUUGGAGACUGAUUUAGAAUCUGAGUAA